CUUUUAGCGUCUUAGCGAAAUUUUAUUCACUGCAAACUUCUAUUUCGAAGUUCGUACUUUCAUCUUCAUGUGCAGAUGAUGAUAGAAGCUACCCAUAAUGAUGGAGGACGUCUAGUAUGCUUUGCGGUUUUCCGAGCCGUUUAUAGCUGUGCCCUGGCUCCAUCAUAAAGUGAAGCAGGUCUUCAUCAUCUUCAUCUUUAAAACAUUUUCCACUCGAUUGAAGCUGAAAAGAGUCUGUUUCUGUACUAAAUAGACUGGAAAUGAAAUAAUAGUUUCGCACCAUCGGUUUUCAUUCUAUGCGAGAGAUGGCGCUCGUCCAGUGCAACAAAAAAAACGAGUCCAUCGUAGGACAGCAGUCGGUAUCCUUCUAGGGAAACAAAAGUAGAUACGAACAUAAAAGAUAUUAUACACCAAAAAGUGGGACGAGCACGAGGGUUCGAUAUUUGGAGGUCGUGUCUCGAACUCGAAGUUGAAAAUUUACUCUCGUCGUAUUCUUUCGUACUUUCGAACUUGCUCCUUUCUAGUUCUAGUUUCUCUACAGUCCAUCACAAAGUUCUUGUGUCUUUGAUUUCUUUUCUUCUAUCACAAACUAUCUGUCUCGACUCUCGAACCGUAACGAUUGAACUUCUCGACCUCCCGCUUUCACCUUCCUUGUUACCACCUCAUUCGGCAUCAUGAUGAUGCCAUCUCAUACCUCAUCAAAUAACGACACGAUGACUUCUCGUGAAGAGUUAGAUCAUAAGCUUUCAUCAUCUAACCUUUCAUCCUGCGAAGAAAAUGAUUUUGACAACUCAACGAAUGAAAAACAGUCUCAGCUUUUUACGCCUAACCUUGAGAGGGGAAGUCCUGAAAGGAAUAAAGACAAUUUCGCAGGAGGAAAAUCAUCUUCAAGAAUAGUAGAUUCAACUUUAUUACAGUCUCAGUCACUACAUAAACGUAGCAGUCAAGAACAUCAAGCAAAAGUAGUUGCAGAAAGCUCGCGCCAGACGAAGAGUAGAGAAGAAGUAGCAUUAGAUACUCCAUCUACAACUACUUCAACAUCGGACGAAGGUGGAGGAUCUCACUCUAGCACUCGCAACAGCGUGGCCACAUCAACCUUAGUCAGCCCUGCACGUUCUUCUCCGUCGAGAGGUCCAACCUCUAGUUUGGAUUUGCUGCGUGCUCAAGAGGAGGCUUUCUUACGCGAAUACACGUGCAUUUCAUCAGAUAGUGAUAGCGAUAUCAGCUUGACGUCACCAGAGAACGAUACGACGUCGCAGUCUCUUCGAUGGAGUCAGCGCCACUUCAGUCAAUCUUCGUGUCCAGCACCAAAACCAAGUUGUAAAACGGCUAUAACAAACACCCCUAGAAAUUCAGCAUCUUCAUCGCCGACUCCAGCCUCGUCUUCUUCGUCAGUAUUGCGAAAGCGGGUCUUGGACAACAGGGUAGAUAGACCAAGCAACGAAGUUGAAACCAAGGAGCGAAGUGAAUACGCGAUCGUACAGAGGCCUGGCCCUACAGAUACUCAACAACGUCACUCUUCUAAAAACAGUAAAAGAUCGUCAUCAAAAGAAAUAAAGGCGGCCAAAAGACAACAGUCAAGCAAGGAGGCAUCUGCCAACUCAAAAAGCCAGUUACAACAGGCAGCCUCGAAGACUGUUGUUCCUGCGUCCACGAAACCAACGGGUUCAGUCGACGUUGCGAAGCAAGAGGAUUGUAGUGCGGCUGAGUGUGGUGGUUCCGCAGGCGGACAGCAUGAGCAGCGAAGGAGCACGUUAAGCACAAAGUUAACCGUAUGGAAUUCGAGGUUCAGUAACAAGCGUUCGACUUCUAGUAGAAGUAAAACUGCUGCUCAACAUCAGUGCAAUAGAAAUACACUUGCUGCAACAGCCUCAUCAGGACCGGGGGCACACGAACAGGACGGAGAUAGUCUUCCGGGUACAAAACAACCUCCGGCACGAUUGCAACAUCCGGCUCUCCAGGACGGGUCUGUAGUGGCAGUCAAGAUUGCAGCGCACGGCUCACCACCUCCAAGGAGAAGUCCGUCUGUCGAUUCUGUAGGUUCAUCUGCCACCUCGUUGAAUUCGAGGGGUACACUUCAUCGCCAGAACCAGAAGGUAUUGGCGUGGAAAAGCAAAGAUCAUCAGCCGAAAGUACCACGCAAGCUCCCCAACCAAGUAGCUGGUGCCACCGCUUCAUCGAAACCGAGGAGUAGUGCAACAUCAAGUAGAAGAAGUACCAGUCCUGCCUCUUUUGACGUUUAUUUGCGGUUGCGCGACAUCAUGAUGAUAGCGGAUCCCGAACUUGGGGCUUCCACAGAGAGCCCGGGAAAGAAUGCCGGCCUAGGAAACCGGGUGCGUGGGCUCUUCCAGGGAGGACAGGUACCCACUGGAGCCGCGUAUCCGUCCUAUUUCCACGACAACACGCCGACCGACGAUUUUUCUGCUGGUGGCGUACGCAGUGUACCCCUAGCGCAGCCGGUGUCUGAGGAGAGUGAGCCGACGCAGGAGCGAAAAAGGACUCGUCGCUGGAGCUGGGUAUUGCGACUGCAGGACUUUGUGAGCCGAUCUCUGCGUGCAACAGGCCAAGACGGUUUGGCUCAGAAGCUCUUCGGAUCGCCCCUCCCAGGUGCCCGCGCCAUUGAUACUACUCUGGAUCACGGCAGACCUCCGAUUCCGUAUCGCUGCUUCGCGUUGACCUUUGUCUUAAGGCCAAUUACGCACUUUGAGAAACAGCUCGAUGGAUUAAAUGUAACUAAUCAGCCUAUCUCGUUCUAGAAGCUAGUAGCAGGAUGAGGUUUUUUCUACAUAAAUUUAGGAUUGGUUUGUGACUUGAGGUUCCGCACGAAUUAUAGAUACAAUGCCUACAGCUUAGUAAUGCACCUUCCUUCCUAUGGUCAGGGUCAGUUAACAGGGCCAAAUGAAUUUGGUAUCGUACUAGCUACUGAAAACAUAAUUGCUUGUUCUUCUACUCUUCUAAUCAUCAUCGUGUGGAUCGUCACUUUCACGCUCUUCGGGUUGUGUGGAUGGUUGCCGGGUACUGUGCCUGGUGGGUCGGCGGAUACAGCUGGAUCACUCUACGAUGCUGAGCGACACGGAGGCCAAAAGGCUCCCACGGAGAAGGGAGCGCCCUUAGUUGCUACGCCAAACGGGCGACUGGAACGCUCAUCAGUUACCGUUCCAAGUAAUUGGGUGCACGCAGACUACCUGAAACAAGUCAGAAAUCUCAUGGUACCGAUCUUUUUUCAUGCCUUAUAAUAUAUGAAUUGUCGGUGCUCUGCAGUUAUAUGAAGUAUACCUGUAGUGACUAUGAUCGACUUGAUAUCUUUAUUUGAAGAUAAAACUUUUGUUCCCAAAAAAUUAAAACAACCAAUGAAAGCACUUACUUUUGGUACACCAAACGAGCUUGCAACCACUCAUUUAACAAACUACAUUUCUCUCUCCUGAAUGCUACUUAUAGAAUAUGACCGGUUACUUUUCCCUCGUUUUACUCCCUUCAUGAUGAUACUCACUAUAGGAUUCAGCGUGGAAGAAGGCGUCAGACCCUGUCGCGAAGGCUUGUAUGCUAGACAGUUUGUGGGCAAUGGAUCUCUCUGCUGACUGGUCCAAGGGACGUGAGGUGAUGCGCGACGUUGUUGCACAAACUAAGGGCCAGAGUUGGGGCUCUGAAAAAAUCAGUUCCCACUUCGAGCUGGUGGACGCACUUGGCGGUCUCGUGGCUUCGUAUGCUCUUUCCGGCAACAAGUUUACCUGGGAUCUAGCAACAGAUUUUUCGGAGAGGGCGAUGAAAGUCUUCAAAACUGCGACGGGAUUCCCCUCGGUCUCAACGUAUCUGGUGGACGAUCAGAAAAAACAUCAACUAACUCGGGACGAAUCCUUCUCGAUUACCGAAAUAGGCGAGAUGGGACUGCCGUACUUACUACAUUGUUUAUGCUCGUGCUCUAUUUCUUGAGAGAAAGUUACAAGAUACACUUCCACCUUGCAAGAAAUCAAUGAUUUUACGUCUUUUCAGUCUCAUUCUUGGUUUGAAAAAUGCUCUAUUUAUUAAUUGUCCUCUUGUUGUAGUGUUGCUUCUCUGCUUCAAAGCGGGAUUCUUAUCCUCCUCGGGGGUCAAACGUCGCAAUGAUUGAAUUUCAAUGUUCUUAUCACAUUACUCAGAUUCUUGUCUGCUGGGUUGCUGAUUCAUGGAUCGAGCGCGCAAUCUUCAGAGCUAUGGACGCGUUUUUUGUAUCCACUUUCGGGUCUGACAGAUAUACAUGGCGAUGGAAACCACGAACUUCUGCCGACCCUCUUCUCUGUUGCGACACCUGAAUCCAAGGUAGGGAGUCAAUUUGUCUACUCGUUAUUCAUCUGGAACUUGAUCAUGUGAAAGUCAAACCUCGUUUUAAGUUUCUGGUGUCUCCAACUUGUGUCGUGAUUUUUCACAUGACAUCUGAAGGAACUGCAGAGGACACUACUCAGUACUAUAAUGCUGUAUUAGAUUACUGCGGUGUAGUUUUUAUGACUUAGAAAUACCACAGGCAAAGUGGCGAAGCACUGUAACGCCAUUCUUUGGCGAAAGCUCGCGCGCGGUUAUUGCUUGGCGACGGGAAGACCUGAAAACUGUGGACAUUUUUUCCUACGGAUACUACGAGUUUUUGCUUAAAGGGCAUCUCUUGUUGCGUGACGCAUGGUCAGGCUCUUCUAUUCCGUACACAUGGGGCAAAUUAUUCAAAAGCAGCAUGGAGGCGAUCAUGCGAGAUAAACUGCGCUUCGGACGCACUGGCGAUGUCCUCCUUAUCAAUUCGCGCGAGCUCAUGACGGCUGAAAGCUGCCCGGUAAAAUGAUGCCUGAAAUUUGUAUCGAUGCUGUCGUGUGACAAACCUAGUGUGAUUUCUUUUAUAUAUGAUUCCGGGCCGGGCGGUCCCCCCCUCCCUCCCCUGUGGUCUGGUCUGUGGUGGCGCGCGCGCGCGCUUUUCCGCGCGGAUUUUUCGCGGAUUCUAGUGGUGGAAGGCGUCAAAACUUGGCGCGGGCCUCCCCUUGGGCCUCUCAGCGUGUUCCUAAGGGGCCUCCUGGCCUCUGCUGACCCUCGCAGGCGGGAGGUCUUCAGGGUAGAAGGCCGCCGAAGGCGGCCACCGUCGCAAGAGCAAGCAAUCCGGUGACCAAGGGCCAGGAGGGUGCAGGCGGCACGGCGCAGGGGGUCCAGCCCCUCGCCUUUUGCCGCCUUCGGGGGCCUUCCGCUGCCGGCGCACUGCUGCGGUGGCGAAGCCUAGCGGAUGCACUUAGGGCACAGGCAGGCGCCUGGACGGGGGCGCAGGCGGUCCCUUGGGCCCCUUUUGAAGCCUCCCACCAUCAUCGGAGGCCCCUAGGGAACAGCCAGGCAGCUGGAAGGGAGCGGAGGGGGGAGGUCACUGGGCCCCCUUUUGCGGCCUUCCACUCCCGGCAGACGCCUGAAAAAGGGGACCAGGGCGCCCGGCCCCCCUCCCCCGCUAGGGGGGGGCGUCGCCCCGCGCCUUGGAACAUAUAUAUUUAUAGAAGUGGAUUAAUAACUUACUAAUGAAAGCGGCUACAAUCUAAGCAUUUCAUCACUCUUCUUAUAUUUAUAGAUACAAUUGAUUUCUGCCUGCUUUCGAAGGUUAGACCUAUGGGGCUGACAGGACUACGAAAGCGCCGGCGCUUAGUUAGUUUUUUUAGAUCGAUAACCUUUGCUUUUUCUGAAUUUUACUUUUUUUUCCUAGUUAGGUCUGCUCCACCACAAAUAUAUACAAUUGAUUUCUUUUGUUCCUUGUCGAACAAGAUCACUGUUCUGGUGCAUGAUAAUGAAUAUGUCUUACGCUCUUUUUUUAAGGACCCACAUCCAUAAUCACACCACAGUUUGCGGGAUUGCUUUCCCUGGGAUCACGCAGCCUGGGAGAUAACCUCGGCCCUUGGUUGGAAGCGGCGAAGGGUAUGGGUGAGGCGUGUCACCGCAUGUUCAAGGCUGACUGCGCGGGCGCAGCAAGGUUGUCCUCGUGGGGCGAGGUGGAUCCUAUCGCGCGGGUCCCCGGUGUGACUAGCACCGGUACCGUGGGGGACGAGAACAACAAGAAAGGCAACAUCCGAGGAAAACAAGGCAGCGGGGGUGAAGCGAGCACCAAAUUACGGGCUCCUCGGACUUUUUAGUAAUUUUGAGUUCCAUAGAUGAAGUAGAGGCAGACGACAACUUUACUCUCCUCUAGUCUAUGUGUUCUGUACCGAACUCGUUUUCGAAAGUGAGAUGUUGACGAUUUACGUCCUACUGAGGGUAAGGACGGCUCUAAUUUAGAGUCCAGGAUGUAGUGCACUCGGCGAGCAGAGCACGUACUUGCUUGCUGGCACUUACUACGAGUUGUGGCAAAGCACCGGAGACAGCCGAUGGCAGCGUUACAUCAGGGAGGUGAUCAACGGGGUAAAGCACAAGCAUCCUUAAGGCUUUCUUUAAUCCAUUUUCAGAACCUGAACCGGCUAUAAGGUGAGAACAGCUUGAAGAUCCGUUUUCAAAAUGAAUUUGCGUAAAAAGUUCUAACUUACGGCACUCUUGCGCUUCUCGUAUUUUGCACACGCGCCACCGAAACUAACUGCCUUCCUGAAGUCUGCAAUUCUGACUCGCGAGGGUCAUCCACUGCGGGCGCCUGACACCACUUCCGAUGCACCUACAACGGAGACUGAAAAGUACGACAAUCUUAGUAGAUAAUCAGUAUGAAGAAUAUGUAAACUAUAUAAUGUUCUUCGUGAAAAGUCUGUGUAGGAGUAGAUUGCUGACAUAAUCAAAGAAAUGACAAUGUAGAGAUGUUGCGAAGGCCGACCAACCAUAUCACAUGAAGAAUUUGAUACCAAUCAUGAACUGUAUUAAAGGAUCAAACAUUUAUUGUCAAUCUCUUCUAGUGCGAGAAACACGACACCAAUCGCCGAGGCGGUAUACGAUCAGAGGGUUCCACAGCCUGAUUCCGAUCGGGCUGCGGAGGAGGCAGCGAGCACUCAAGUGGAUACAAGCGACGAGGUGCGCGGCCCAGGAAGUCAAUAUUUGGUCUCAGGGCAGCCGGUGCGAGUUGGGCCCUCCGUGUUCAAGAAAAUGCGUUAUCGCCCGACCCGCACAUAUCCCGUCGAGCAACGCUUUGCGAACGGGCGGAAAGAGUACUUAAAGUCUCAAACUCAAUUUUCAAUGAUUUAGUUCUGUUCGAUUCUCCAAAUUUAUUGAAGAAGAAGCCAACGAACCCAAAAUAUGCACCAAGUCUACAACUUCUAGGUUCAUGGGCGAAGCAAACGUACUGGUGACGAGGAACUUCCUUGACGACGCUGAGGACUGGAACGCCGGCAAAAAGUGGGAUUUGAACUACAUCAUCGAUACUGAGUAUGUGGCGUCAUUGCACCCGCCUCCGGCGAAACCCCUUGCCAACGGGAAGCAAGUGCUACGCAAGACGCUUGUCCAGCCAGGGACCAAGCCGACCGACCCGACUCUGGCAACUGCGUAGUUGGGCUACCAAAAGAUUUAGGUUAUUUUCUUGGACAAGAAGAUGAAUAUUUUUUAUCAAGACAGAUUCUUCAUGGGGAGAUGUAUUUAUAUAGAGAACUAAGAUUGAAUGGUUAUAACGUAGAUACUAAUUUACAAAGGGCAACCACUCAAUCUUUUUUAGAGUGAAUGUAUGUACUGGAAAAAAUUUUUCUUCUGACUCACUACUGUUAGUUUCUGUAAUCUAGUUGAAAUUGAAAUUCUUGGUAGAGAUGCACAGCGGAGGUCGAACUGCAAUGGCGCCCAUGGGUUCGAUUCACUCUGUCCGUCUCUGCGAAAUUUGGGCUCCUAUUUUGAAGUUAGGCAUAAGAAGUUGGGCUCCACCGGACCAAAAUCCCAUCCUGGAUGUCACCAUCAGCAUCACGUAGAAGUAGGAAACGAAUUAAUCGAUAAAAAUCAUUGCCGUAGGCUUCACGUAGUUAUUAACAUUCAUGACUCACCAUUUUGUUCCACCCAUCCCAGCAACAAAAAGGUGGCUACUCUGUAUAAACAUUUCUUGUGAAAAAGCAAUGCAAUGAAUACACGUGAUUGAAGUAAGCCCCACAUUACGUUACGUCCAUCUCGAUUCGGUCAUAAACAAACACGAUUCAUUCUUGCUCAGUACAGUUCAACAUUUCUCAAUUCAAGUACACACUUACACACAUUCCAUUCCUUACAAAUUCAGCCAGGUACUACAUGUUGUCACCUCCCCUUCCAUAGCUUUAUCCAUCACACCACCACGCACCUGUGCAUAUUUUUUCGAAAACGUAUGAGAAAGCUCGAUCUUCAUAACAACACUGUCAUCGUGAAAACAACUUGUUAGAAUAUGCCAUAAGAGCGUAGAAUCAAAUCAUUUCAUUAGCGAAUCCGCAAAACAUUGCAUGAGAAUAUAGCGUUAAACAAAGUCUGCAACUACCCUCAAACGAUUGAACUACUAGAUACACCAAAUUUAUCUAUUCCGACACUGACUUAUCCACUAAAUCUAAAACUGAUCACAUCUACCAGAUGCAAAUUUACGAUCCUAUACAUCAGGGAUUUCCGUUUCUCGUUCGACCUUGCUACACAUUGUCAUUCAAAGCAAAAUGUGAGGCACGAUUGAAGACACAUUGAUGCAUAUCUACUCAGCACAUCACCAAGACAUUCGAAGAAUCAGCAAAUUCGACUGUCAUGAAAACCGUUCAUAUCGAUUUCAGCGUGCGUAAAAACAUCACAAUCAAUCUACUAGAGGAAAACACUUACCCACCAUUCACGAAGGCACCCAGCAUUCGCAUAAAUUUCGAUCACAUCAUCCACCCACAUGACCCACGGACUCAUGUCAACAUCCCAACAAUCAAAGAGCAGUACGACAAGAUACUUCUCAAAAAUGUUGAGCAAUUCAUUCCCAACAAAUAACCCUAAGAAAUAUAACCUUGAAAGAACUCCUGUAUCCAAAUGAUGAAAAAGCGGCAUCAGAAUGACGAAGCCGAUUCACACGACAUGGGAUAAUA